UAUUAAAAUUAUUCUCUAAUUUAUUUUCGUACUGGUUGCCGAAUUGAGAUAUAUUCCGGACAGAGACCAUGUUGCAAAUAUUGUUGUGAUAUAUAAAUAGGAACGCGCAGGUCUGCAUGAAAUGACCAAGUCGCACGUUCGAUCAUGAACCAAAAGGAAACUUAUAAUCAAAUCGUAUAACUUAAUAUAAUUGAUACAAAUUUGUUUGUCGAUAUAAAAACAUUAAAAAUAUACAUUUCAUUUUUGGCAAUCUAAAUAUUCAUAUGUUUUAGUUUAUAAGUUAUAACUUGUCCAUAUGUUUUUGUCCAUUCCAUAUAUACAGAGGAGUAGAGGACAAGAAGCUCCCGUGACUAAGUGAGUGACCAUCGGUGAAUUGAAAAAAGAAGAUGGAGAUGAGAAUGAGGAAGCAGCGUUCUGUGUCGGCUCUUGUAUUCCUUGCAUUGAUUUCGGCUUCAAUGGCAACCUCGGAAUCGGAGUUCCCUUUCAUGGUGGUUCACAAGAAGGCGUCUCUCUCUAGCAUCAAAUCAGGAGUCCAACGCGUCUUCGUCACCGUCGACAUAUACAAUCAAGGAUCCUCAUCAGCAUAUGAUGUAAAUUUGGUAGAUGAUACCUGGAAUUCAAAUCUAUUUGAAAUUGUUAGUGGCAACACUUCAAAGUCAUGGGCAAAGCUUGACGUUGGUCAAGUUCUGUCACAUUCAUUUGAGUUGAAGAGUAAAACAAAGGGUCUCUUCUAUGGUUCACCAGCUGUUGUUACUUUCCGUGUCCCAUCUAAGGGUGUUCUUCAGGCGUAUUCAACUCCAAUAUUGCCUCUAGAUGUACUAGCAGAGACCAUCCCUGAAAAGAAGCUUGAUUUGGCAAAGAGAUUGGUGGGUAGAUUUGGACCUCAAGUCUCAGUGCUUUCGAUUAUUGUGACGUUUAUGUAUUUGAUGGUAACUCCAUCAAAGGGAAGCAAGAAGAAGCGUUGAGAUUAAAUUUUUGAUCUGGCCAUUUUUCAUCUUUUCGUACCAAUAGGACAACCCUUUACCAAAAAAGAAAGUCAGACCAAUGACAAGAGCACUUUAAUUUCCACAUACUAAAAAUAAUUAUCCAAAAGAAAGAAAAAACACAAAAGGUUCAAUUUUCAUAUAAAAACUUAACAAGAAACUAAUGAUCAUUAUCAUAAUG